UCCUCUAUUCUUUUCCUUACUAUUCUUUUUAUCUUUUUUAAAACUUGGCAAAGUAAAAGAAAAUAUGGCAGACGAAAGCGUUGUAGCACUUGGUCAGAGAUUCCAGCAAUUGCGUGGCCGACCUGGCAAGUACGGAGGUGGUGAAUAUGACGAAGCGAUUGAUUCACCUGAAGGUGAGAAAUUCAAAGUCAUGAAGGCAUUGGGUGAUCAACUUGGAUUACCUGGUACACCAGCUGCCGACCUUCUUGCUCGCUUCGGUAAGCCAGACGAGCUGACGCCGUCCUUGCAGUCUCAAGGUGGCGGCGGUGCUGUUCCGCUUAUGCCAGGUCCGACCAUGGACGCCUCGGCAGCGACGGGUCAACAGCAACAGCAACCUCCAUACUUUUUAGUCUACUACUGGCGUCAAAAGAGUGAUUAUCUUUAUUUCAAGAUCGACCCGAUCAAGGAGACCGUCAUUACUUCUGACUGGAACUUGGCGCCGGAUCAGUAGUAACUAUAUUGAUGGCUACUCUUAAUAUAAAUAUUACCCCCAGUCAUUUUGUCCUAAGUCUGUCUUUUUUCCACUGUAAAAACCUGGGUUAGAGCAACGAAUAAUAAAAGAGAGCUUACUACUGUCUUUUGCCGC